UCACCUUACGGCCUAUUUGAACGAGCACAUCAAAGGAAUUCUUGAGUUCAGGAAGUGACACGUACAGUGAGGCACAGGUACAUGAAAGGCUCUGGGACAUUCAGGACACAGACAGGGUCAAAAUGAAGACAUGGGAGCAGUUCCUUAGACUGUCUGUAGAAACAUGGAAGCCACUUCAAACCAAUUCGUACAUAAACGGUGAAAUCCGGAGGAAACACGCAGUGCAACAUUAUGAGUGUUGUAAAACCCACCCACACCUGUGUCAUUGUUCCUUCCUGAUAAUGAGUCUUUCCUGAGCUUUCCCCUAUGCAACAGGCCAACAAGUUCAGAGGGAGGGGAGAGAAAAUGACAGAACGAACAAAGGAACGAACCGAGAAGGAGAACAAGGAGGUGAAGAAUCUUCUCCUACAACAACCAAUAGACUAUAAUGCUCCAGGAGCGGUGGAUGAGUACUUGAGGAACUUUCUGCGUAAAGCCGGUCUGACCCGGACACUGAAUAGCUUUGAUUCUGAAUGGUACGACACUGCACUGAACUCAAUAAGAGAAAGCCUGCAGCCGGAGAUCCCACUGAUAGAGAACUCCAUCCCAGACGCCUGCACACACAGGCAGCUCUUACGAAACAAAUUAGAGGAGGUGCGCAAAGACUCGGACCAGUUACGACAGGAGCUGCUGUUGGCGCCAGAGAUCCUGGUGAGGCUGCAGAGGGAGACAUUCUUCCAUCAGCAGCAGGGCCUAAGGACUUGUAAUGAGAAAACUAGGUUGGAAGAGGAGAUCAAAAAAUUGCAGAAACAGCUGGAGUCUUAUGAGCAGUCGCUGGAGGACCUGGAAAAGAAACAUGAAGAAAGUCUCAAACAGAAAACGCUCCUUUGUAUGGAGCAGGAACGGAAUAAGAAUGUCCCCAGGCGGAAGCGAGAAUGUCUUAUCAUGAAAGAGAGAAAGUUCAGCAGCGACUGCACUGACAAAACCUCGGCAAAGGCCCAGAGACCAGGACUUGUCAGGGACGCCAAGUUCAGCAGCUAUGGAAGCCAGGUGAAGCUCCAACAGAUAAAGGUUCAGCAUGUGAAGCCCCAACAAAUGCGGGUUCAACAGGUGGAGCCUCAGCAAGUUAAACCUCAACAGGUAAAUCUCCCAGAGACGGACUCGCAGCAAUUGAAGUCGCCACAGCCGAAGCCCCAGCAGGGGGAGAGUCAGCCAGUGAAACCUCAGCAGGCAAAGACUCAGAAGUUGGACUAUUACGAGAUCGAUUUUCAACAGUUUAAGCAGGAAGACAUUCAGCAGGCCAAGUCUCAGCACUUGCAUCGACACAAGAUGAACGGUCAGCAGGAGGUGAAUCAGCAAGGGAAGCCCCAGCCAGAGGACCAGCCGCGGUUGAACCCUCACCACUCGAGCAACUGCAAGAUUAAUCUUCAUCAGCUGAAGAAGCACCAGAAGAACCAGCAGGUCAAGACUCAACGGCGAGAGCAGCAACAGGUAAAAAAACAGCAGCUUAACAGUAAUGAGGUGAAGAUUAAACAUGUGAAGCAUAAGCGGACGGAAGACCAAGAAACACCCGGGCAGGGGGAACAACAGCAGGUCAGGCCUCAGCAGAAGCAGCAUCAGCGGCUGAAGCCUCAGCAGAAACAGCCUCAGCUCGAGGAACAUCAGGAGGCGAAGCCUCAGGAGGCGAAGCCUCAGCAGGAGAAGCCUCAGCAGGUGAACCGUAGUGAGAUGAAGAUGAAGCAUUUGAAGUAUCAUCAGCUGAAGCUCCAGCAGAUAAAGAAUCAAAUUCCUAAGAUCAUUCGUAAACCCAAGAUCCCCAGUCCCUUCUCUCAGACCUGUGUGAUCCACCAGCUCCAUCAGUUACGUCAAAGAAAGCUGCUCUGCAGCUGUAGUGGUGGAAGACAGGGACUCUGCCUAAAUCAGUGAGGCGCUAUCUCCCAAAAUGUUGGCAGGUGGCUCCCUUUCUCACCCACGUUUCGAGGUCCAGCUUUACUUUAUGCAUAGUGCUAAUGCUAAUGCUAAUAACUACAGCUGCAACUAUCGAUGAGAACAUGUAGAAAUACACAGUGCGUACCUAAGAUAAGAGAGAUCAGAACUUGACGCCAGUAUUUAGACAGGUUGGAAAAAAGGAAACGUUUCUGAGCUACUGCCCCCUACAGGAGCAGAACAUGUACAUAUAUAAAGACACUAAAUAUAUAUAUAUAUACUGUACAGAUACACGCGUUUUUUACAUAUAAUUUAUUGAAAAAGUUUUACAUUUGUGUUAAAAAAGUCCUAGCACGUUUCAAUGACAUUAGUGAUUAAUAAUUACUAAUAAUUGAUUAAACAAGAAUAUUAUGAUGAUGUCUGGGUAGAGGUCCCUUCACAUCUUAUUUCAGAACACACAAAAUACACCAGGUUUUUUAAGGACCACUGUGUAGAAUGACCUGAAGUCUAGAGGUGAAGUUGUAUAUUACAACAAAUUAAACUUUUCUGUUGUUUUGGAAAGUUUUGGAAAAGCCACACUGUCGAAAGAAAUGUUAGUGCUACUGACUUGCUGCAAGACCACUGAUUGAUUAAGUGUUGAAUAUAUAUAUAUAUAUAUUUAUAUAUAUAUAUAUAUUUGAAAAAUAAACAUCAGAAACUUUGGUUUCACAUUAGCCUAUAACCUAGCUUGUGUCUGAUUGCUCCAUUUAGCCAUUACUGAACACACAAACUUCGCCCAUCCUUUUGAGGUAUGUCUUACCAAAAGUACAAGAUAAAACAUACGAAAUAAAGACAAUUAUUAUAAUUG